AAAUCCAAAUUGCCCCCUUCCGGUAUCAUACCUUUUUCUGGCAUUAUAAAUUUGCCCUUGUCCAAAAUUUGGGUCGUUCCGCAAUCUGGUUAUCCGGUUUCCCUUCCCACUACCAGCGACAGCGAAGAACGGUUUGAACUUGAACGUGCUUGCGGUCACAGUAGAAGGAAAUCUCUCAACUCUGGAAUUAGAACGUCCAAAAUUGCCGCUCGUGCACCGCUGCCGAAGUGGAAAUCAGGUCGUCCGCCUUCGCCAAGGGAAUAUACCUUAAUAGUUUUCUCGUCUCUCCUAACUUGGUAUCUAUCGGCAUUCGAAACCCUAAUUCAUCACCGGUGUUCGUAUCAAAGAUAGAUUUUAGGGUUUCUGAAAGGCCUCAAUUUGAAGUCCUGUCUGUUAUUACGCCAACUUUUCUGCAGGUUAGAUGCUAGACGUGAUCUAUUGAGUUUGUUAGCUUAUAUUUCAAGUAGAAAAGACGUUGGCAAGUAUUAUGGGAUCUUCUGUGGUGACACCUGAAGAUGUUUUGGAGUCGCUAAUGAAUGAUGGUACAAUCGACGCUCUCAGGUUGAAAAUAAUUAAUCAGCUCAAAGCUAAUGAGGAGCUAAAGAAUAACACAAUUACAAUGGUGGAACAGAGUAAGGUUCUCAACACUCCUGGUGCAGAGAAACAGACGAAGAGGGAGCUAUUUGAUGCACUCCGACGUGAACUUGAAGGUCCGGUGCUUGAGAAAGCCUCUAAAUCAGUUUGGGAGCUGAUUCUGGAUAAUGAUGGACUAGGGAAGGAAAUUAGUGAAACAGUUGAAAGAGUUUUUUGCCGAUUAAGUGGCAGGGAACCUCCGUUAUUUCCUCCCAACAGUGAAACCCAGACAGAGAAAGAGAAAGAGAAAGAAAAUUCAGAUUUGUCAUCAAAGAAAAGGAGCUUUGCUGAGAUGCAGGGAGGAUCAAAUGAAGUUGUGGAAGCAUCCAACAAUCCGGUAUCAAAGCUCUCUGUUGCAGUGCUGCCUUCUGAUGCAAAGACAUGAUUCUUCUGAGAAGCUCGACUAUCACUAUCUAGUUUUUAUUUCCAGAAGUAGCCAAGUUCGACUAUCUAGUUUUUGUUUCCAGAAAUAACCAAGUUCAGGGCCUUAAAGUAGAUAUGUAAAAUUGAAUGCUGAAGUUUGAAUCGUCAAAAUCCAAUUUAAUUAAUGUUAAUGGAUAUUUAAAUAUCCUAUGCUGUUGCCUGUUGCAUCCCUUA